AUGUCGCUGACUGAGGAGAUGAGACCCGCCACUGCCGCUUCGUAUGCAUCGUCGGCGACUAACGUCCCCACAACGGAGCUUCCAAGCCAUGCCGAGCACCCUGGGCACGGUGAAUCGGCUUUGCCUGAGGACAAGAAGGAAGAGGCCCUCGAAAACUUGGAAGAGGACUGGGAGGAUGAUCCACUUAACCCUCGCAACUGGUCCUUUGGCAAGAAAUGGACCGCCGUCAGCAUUGUUUCACUAUAUACUUUUGCUUCCCCUUUGGCUAGUUCCAUGAUGGCCCCGGGUCUACCGGAGGUCGCGAUACGAUAUGGUAUAACGGACUCUACGACACUCGCCAUGACGUUGAGUAUUUUCUUGUUGUCGUUUGCACUUGGACCAUUGAUCUUAGCUCCAUUGUCCGAGAUCUAUGGUCGAACAUGGAUACUGCACAUUGGUAAUCUGUUCUCCAUUGCCUUCAACUUCGGUUGUGCCUUCGCACCAAACACCGGUGCACUAAUCGGCUUCCGUUUCCUCAGUGGUCUCUCCGGGAGUGCUCCAAUCGCCAUUGGAGGCGGUUCAAUUGGUGAUUUGUUCUCAGAACGCGAUCGUGCAUCUGCCAUGGCCGUCUAUAGUUUGGGCCCUCUAAUCGGUCCCGCAAUUGGCCCAGUCGCCGGUGGCUUUAUCGCGCAGACGAUUGGUGUCAAAUAUGUUUUCGUCGUCAUCGCCGCGUUCAAUGCCCUAUCAUCCGUCAUCGGUAUCCCGCUUCUGAAGGAAACAUACGCUCCAGUCAUUCGACUGAGGCUGGCCAAGCACUCAGCUGAUCCUGAGGCUGCGGCCAAGCGCCACCCUGCUCUAAUGCAGGCCCAUGGCAACAACUGGCACGUACUAUGGGUAAACAUUACGCGUCCGGUUAUACUUUUGACGAGAAGUUUCAUCUGCUUUAUCUUAUCGCUGUAUAUGGCUUUCAUGUAUGGUAUCUAUUACCUCAUGUUCGCCACCUUCGCCAGCUUCUUCAGCUCUACAUACGGGUUCCGCCCUGGCGUGGGCGGUCUUGCGUACCUCGGACUCGGCAUCGGUUUCUUCGUUGCUACACUAUUUGGCGCCAAAUUUGCCGACCAAGUGUAUCACAAGCUCUCCGAGAGGAACGGCGGUAAAGGCAAGCCCGAAAUGCGGAUCCCCGCUCUGUUCUUUGGUUCAUUUUUCGUUCCCAUCGGGUUGUUUUGGUACGGUUGGUCCGCUGAGGCGAAGAUACACUGGAUUAUGCCGAUCAUUGGUUCUGGUAUUUUUGGCUUCGGUGACUUGCCCAUCCAGCUGUAUCUGGUCGACACUUUCACCUACGCUGCUAGUGCGACCGCUGCUGCCUCUGUCUUCCGCUCCCUUCUUGGCUUUAUAUUCCCCUUGUUUGGGAAACAGAUGUACGACCGUCUUGGAUUUGGGGGCGCUAAUUCGCUGCUCGCUGGCCUGGCUAUCGUGUUAGGCAUCCCCUUCCCCGUGUGGAUAUACUACAAGGGCGAAGCCAUCCGCGCUCGCAGCAGUCUGACGCAUUGA